UGCCGCGUCCAGACAGCGUUGAUCUCACAUCAGUCAUCUCAAAGAGGAAAACGCUCCGCGGGACAACAUAAGGUGAAAAAGGGAGAAGGAUCAGUUACCAGUCAAGAGUGAAGAUGAAGCUGAAUCCGUCGUCUGUUCUGUGUCUGUUACUUCUCUUGUUUCAUACCCCUUUCUUAUUUGCUAAAAAGGGGGGAAUAGGAGGAAAAGGAGGAUUUGGGUUUAAAAAAAAUCCUACAUCCCACCGAGGUAAUACCCACACCAAUACAGGCAACAAAAAUACGGGCUCUCAUAGUGGAUACCCAAAGCAGCCUGGACAAAACAACCAAGGAGGCUACCCUUCACAAUCAGGUGGAGCUGGGCAAGGCAAUUACCCGAGGCAGCACGGUGGAAGCUUCCACAACCCGUAUCCAGGACGAGGGUCUCCAUAUGGAGCAGGUGCUUAUGGAGGUGGAUACUAUAACCCAAAUCCAAACAACAGAAUUAUGAGCCCUCAUUAUAGUGGUAGCUUUGGUAAUGCAGCCUACGGCUCUAGGGGUGGGUCUCCAUUCGCCCAAUCAGUCCAGGGAAUGGGAAUACAUCCCAAUGCACAGUCAAAAACGUUUGGGCGUACUGCAGUGAUGGCAGCAGCCGGAGGCGCCAUGGCAGGAAUGGCUCUGGGCUACGGGUUAGGAAGGUUCCCACGCCCAAACUUUCACAGCCCUCGGGAGGAGUAUUACUACAACCACUACAUGCACAGAAAACAUGAUUCCGAGUCUUCUGAUAGCAGCGACCACCACAGGAAACAGUAUCGGUACAUGCCGACCCCUGUGACCUAUGAGAGCUACAUGGACUCCUGCAUGAAGAGGACCGACCUUCUUCCUGCAGACAGUCAAAAGCCAGUAAAGAAACCAGCUGCAAGUACCACAACUCCAACUGAAACUACCAAAACUAAUGUGGUUGCUUCAGCUUCAGACAAUAAAACAGAGAUCAACAUGACAAACAUCAACAGCAGUGCAGUGGAAAACUCCUUGUCUCCUUCGCCUUCGCCUCCUCGCAAUUCAAGUCAGCCAAAAGCUGCAUCCAUGCCGCCAGCUUCACAGGACACUAGCGCCGCUGAAGACGAUGAUACAGUAAGCAUCGUGGAGAUCGGCUACCCAGCGCUGAUCGAGCAGGUGAAAGUCAGGAGAUGCUUGGAGUUAUACCUGGUUUACUCUGAAAAGUACAUGAGGAAACAGACUGGAGGGGCUCAAGGACUGAACGUGGGCUUCCAGGGAGCUUUAGCUACAGUCCUCAGUACUAUACUGAUGUUAGUUAACAGCAACAUGUUAAUGCCGUUGCACUGAAGUCCAGAGGGACGUGGCUGCAGACUGUAGAGACUUUAACUCCACUGAGACCCACUCUACACCAGAACCAUGUGACUUUCAGUCACCCAACCCUGAUACAUUACCCUAAUCUUGACUGCUUGGGAGUAGAGGUCACAUGGUUUCGGUCUCUACAAUUGGCAGCCAGAUCCUCUCACUGAUGUCUGGAUUUGCAGGGGAAGUGGUGGAAAAAAAGGGCCACCACACUCACAGCCAAAAAAGAGGUAAGCAUAAGGAUGGUGGUGAAAUUACUCUUAAAGGGUUUUCACACAUUUGUACAAACAAUGUGAAACCAAACGUAAUUUUGAAAAAUAUCAUUCUCAUGUUUUUGGUUAUUUUUUGUGGAUUAACUUUAUUUACUUGAAACACUGUCCUUACAUAUCACAUACAUAUCACGCUGGCUAUCAAAUGUCAAUGAUAAGGGAAGUUUUUAUUUGCUAUCACACAAUACUCCUAACUGGUUUCCUACACAAGUAACAGCUAAUGUGAGUGUAUUUCAGCAUGGCUUAAGUGAGUGAAAAACGCCAAUCAAAACUAAACUGCUGUAAACAAAUUCAAACAGCAUGAUUUGAACACCUACAAAUAUACUCCUCUCAACUAAUAGUGUACUGCAUGUUGAAAUUAUGUAUUAAAAAAUACAUACAUACAUACAUACAUACAUACAUUUUAUGUGAAAGCUGGUACAUUAUUUCUGUAUUAAAACCUUUGUAAUCAUAGAAGCUGGUAACUCUACAGGUCCUUGAAGCAUAUCAACCUGCUGUACUGGAAUAUUUAGAAAGUAAGAACCAUAUCGUAUCUAAGAGUGAAUAAAAAGGUCAAUGUGA